AUGUCUAAAAAUCCUACUUUAUUGUACUUUCAAGAAUCUGACAAAGCCGAUUCUAUUGACACCGAUUCUAUUAUGCCGCUUUAA